CCCCUUCCCCACCCUUUGCGCUUUUGCAGUAAGCCUAAGAUGCUGCCGGAGAGGAAAGGGUGAAGGCAUUAGAAAGGCUCCACGCUCAAGAAGACAAAGGAACUGGGAAGCGGGUGCCGUCUUGAUCAUUUGUAUUCUUCCUUUCCUCAUGCAUUAUCCAGAGCAAAGCAGCCUUUCCCGUGUAGUUUUUGUAGGAAGGCUGGAAUUACUGAAGUUUGCAUUGAAGAGAACACCGAGCAAAGCAAAUGAUAGGUAACUGAGAAGACACUGCGGUUGUGGUUGAAGGCACCAGCUUGUACGUGCUUCUGUGCAUCUACCUCUAACGGAGCAAGAUUUCUUCCUCUUUCUCCCACCCCCCUCUGUGCGGCAUUUGUUCUGUUUGCUUCUUAAGAGGAAAUCCUGUAAAUGUGUAGCAUUUGGCUGACUUGCUGCUUGCCGUUGGGGACCAUUCUUCUGGUGCUUUGUGAAUCAGCUGGUGGGAGCCAGCUAAGUCCUGAGCACAGUUUAAUAUGGGGACCUGGCCUGAGAGCAAGCGUGGUCCUUCCUGCUCGGUAUUUUUACGUCCAGGCUGUGGAUUCUGAAGGGAGGAGGUUUACUGUCUCUCCAGGUGAAAAUGCGUUUCAAGUGAAGAUCACAGCUCCUGAGGAGCAGUUUACACGAGUUGGAGUACAAGUAUUAGACAGGAAAGAUGGUUCCUUUAUUGUGAGGUACAGAAUGUAUGCAAGCUACAAAAACCUGAAGAUUGAGGUUCAAACCAAAGACAAACAUAUUGCGAAAUCCCCAUAUAUUUUGAAAGGACCAAUCUAUCAUGAGAACUGUGACUGUCCUCAGGAAGAUGGGAGCACUUGGCUGGAAGAGAUGUCCUGCCCUCACACCAUCUCACAGAUCCAGAGAGACCUGGCACAUUUUCCUACCAUUGACCCCGACAAAAUUGCCAAAGAAGUUCCACAACGGUUUGGACAGAGGCAGAGCUUGUGCCAUUACACCAUAAAAGACAAUAAGGUGUAUAUAAAGACCCAUGGUGAGCAUGUGGGAUUCAGGAUUUUCAUGGAUGCUAUUCUACUUUCCUUAACUAGAAAAGUGAAAAUGCCUGAUCUAGAGUUUUUUGUUAACUUGGGAGACUGGCCUUUGGAAAAAAAGAAAUCUUCUCAGGGCAUCCAUCCCAUUUUCUCAUGGUGUGGUUCCAACGAUUCAAAAGAUAUUGUAAUGCCAACCUAUGACCUGACAGACUCCGUUUUAGAGACAAUGGGGCGAGUCAGUCUUGACAUGAUGUCUGUUCAAGCGAACACUGGGCCGCCAUGGGAAUUGAAGAACAGCACAGCAAUCUGGCGCGGUCGGGACAGCCGUAAAGAGAGGCUCGAACUUGUAAAAAUGAGCAGAAAGCACCCAGAAAUCAUUGAUGCAGCAUUUACAAACUUCUUCUUUUUCAAACACGAUGAAAGUCUCUAUGGCCCCAUUGUGAAACAUAUUUCCUUUUUUGAUUUCUUCAAGUAUAAAUACCAAAUUAAUAUCGACGGCACAGUGGCUGCAUACAGACUGCCUUAUCUGCUAGCGGGAAACAGCGCUGUGCUUAAACAGGAUUCCAUCUACUAUGAACAUUUUUAUAAUGAGCUACAACCUUGGAAACACUACAUUCCUUUUAAAAAUGACCUGAGUGAUCUCCUGGAAAAACUCCAGUGGGCAAAAGACCAUGAUGAAGAGGCAAAGAAUAUUGCAAAGGCUGGGCAAGAUUUUGCAAGAAAUAAUCUCAUGGGAGACCAUAUAUUCUGUUAUUACUUCAAGCUUUUCCAGGAAUAUUCCAAAUUACAAGUGAGUGACCCAAAAGUUAGAGAUGGCAUGGAAAAAGUGGAACAGCCUGAUGAUGACCUCUUUCCCUGUAGCUGUUACCGAAAACAGGUAAAAGAGGAACUUUAAUGGAAGAAGGGAAAAGUUGCUUGCAAUAUUUGCCUAUAUUUGUAUUUGAAUAAAAAACUAAGGGUGCAAUAGUUUGAAUGCCUUCUAUUGUGCUGUAUUCCUACAAUACUGUUUUUUAUAAUUUUUUAAAAUAAAUAUUCUUUCCAUAAAGUUGUAUUUUUAUUUUAA